CGACCUACCCCCUGACGAAGACUUGUGGCCGGUUCCAGAGUAGCGCAGGCAGUCCUUGUCGUGGGUAGCGGACCGUGUGCCUACAGCCUCCGAGACCUCCGCCGUUUGCGCAGCGUCGCUCAGCGUCUUGUCCGCUCGUCGGGAGCCGUCUCUGGGAGGAAGCGGGACGAUGGAGCCGCUGGUGGCAGCUAUCGACCAGGGGACGAGCUCGACCCGGUUCCUGGUGUUCAAUGCCAAAACGACCGAGCUGAUCAGUCACCAUCAAGUAGAGAUCAACCAGAGUUUCCCCAAGGAGGGAUGGGUGGAGGAGGACCCCCGAGAGAUAAUGCAGUCUGUGUAUGAGUGCAUGGAGAGGACCUGUGAGAAACUCUGCCAGCUCAACGUCGACAUCUCCAACAUAAAAGCGGUGGGGGUGACCAAUCAGAGGGAGACAACCCUAGUCUGGGACAAAGAAACAGGAGAGCCACUCUACAACGCCAUCGUUUGGUUGGACCUGCGCACACAGUCAACAGUGGAGAAGCUCAUCAACAAAGCUCCAGGCAGAAGCAAGAACCAUCUCAAGCAAAAGACAGGACUUCCGAUCAGCACGUACUUCAGUGCAUUGAAGCUGCGCUGGCUGAUGGACAAUGUGGACGAGGUGCACCAGGCGGUGCUGAGCGAGCGUGCCAUGUUCGGCACGGUGGACUCCUGGAUCAUCUGGUGUCUGACGGGGGGCAAGAAUGGAGGGGUGCACUGCACAGAUGUGUCCAACGCCAGUCGCACCAUGCUCUUCAACAUUCACACCAUGGACUGGGAUCCUGAACUCUGCAGGUACUUUGAUGUCCCCAUGGACAUCCUCCCCACAGUCAGAAGUUCAUCUGAAAUAUAUGGCUACAUGAAAUCCAGUUCUCUCGCAGGAGUUCCAAUCUCAGGGUGUCUUGGGGACCAGUCAGCCGCACUGGUUGGUCAGAUGUGUUUCAAGGAAGGCCAGGCCAAAAACACGUAUGGGACUGGUUGCUUCCUGCUCAGAAAUACAGGGACCAAGCCUGUGAUGUCCGACCACGGCCUGCUCACCACAGUUGCCUACAAACUGGGAAAAGACGAGCCGGCCUGCUAUGCACUCGAGGGUUCAGUGGCUAUUGCAGGGGCAGUGGUACGGUGGCUGAAGGACAACAUGGGCAUUGUACAGACCUCCUCAGAGAUUGAGAAGCUGGCGGCUGCAGCAGGAACGUCCUACGGCUGUUACUUUGUGCCGGCUUUCUCGGGUCUCUAUGCCCCCUAUUGGGAGCCCAGCGCCAGAGGUAUAAUCUGUGGGCUCACGCAGUUUACCAACAGGAACCAUCUAGCCUUUGCUGCCCUGGAGGCUGUCUGCUUCCAGACCAGAGAGAUCCUCGAUGCGAUGAACCUGGACAGCGGCGUACCUCUGACGCAGCUGCAGGUGGAUGGAGGUAUGACGGCCAACAGGUUACUGAUGCAGCUGCAGGCCGACAUCCUCUGCGUGCCCGUAGUGCGACCCACCAUGUCAGAGACCACAGCUCUGGGCGCAGCCAUGGCAGCGGGGUCAGCUAAGGGAGUGGAUGUGUGGAACCUGAGCUCAGGUCAGCUCCCACAAGUCACGUCAGAGAAAUAUGAGCCUCAGAUCAACCCUGAAGAGAGCGAGUUCCGCUUUGCUCGUUGGAAGAAGGCUGUCCAGAAAGCCAUGAACUGGGAGACCACGGAGCCAUGCAGCAAUGGAAACGGUUUAGCAAAGAAGAUGAAUGGCGCCCCCUGGGGGGUCCCUCACACCCCUCCUCCAUCCAGAGUGGACCCCUAAGAGCACAAACAAUAACUUAACUGUGGUACCGUAAGGUACAUGGAAGGCUACUGCAGAGGAAAAACUGGAAGAGGAAACUGGCUUGACUCAGGACUUGACUGCUUGAUGCGACGCGUAGCCUCUAAACGUGGCAUCACACAAGCUCAUCAGGCACCAGCUGGAAUGAAGAGUGAAGUGACCCAGGUGGAAUUUUUGUAUUCUUCUUUUUCUUAAACCAUGAGUGUUUUUAAACCAUCCAGUAAAAAAAACUAUGAAUUUGCCUUCAACUUUAACAGUGUAGCCCAGGGAAAAAAAAUUAAAUCAGGUUUUCAUAGCCUGAAGUUUCACUGUUGAACCUCAUCACUGUAACUGUAGUUUUUAAUGGUUUGUUCUGUACAUAGUGAUGAUGUGCUUGUACUUCUUUUGUAAAAGAUUGAAAGAUCUUAAAAUUGAUUACUUCUCAUACUAACAUGUUUUUAAAGUGGGGUUUGUUCUUCUGGGAAAUUAAAAAUCCAUCCAUGGAGCUGUACGGGGCUAACCUGGUCAGAAAUAACUGAUCUUUACACUAAGCCUCUACUUUUUCUUUUUUUGUUAAUGGGGUAAAUGGUUAACUUGUGAAUGCAACCUGACACAUGGCAGGAUCCUAACAGCACUUUAUAAUUUAUCCUGUGUAUGCAGAGUACGAUUAUUGGGUGAAUACAUUUUUUUUUUCUUUAAUAAUGUAAUAUAUUCAACAUUCACUGAAACACUGGAGACUUGCAUUGAUUCAGAAUGAAGACCACCUCGAGGUCAGGUUCUGUAAAAGUUGACCAUCUUUUAUAAUUUAAAGGGAUUGUGAUACUAUGUUCUUUCUCCUGAGCAAUCUGUGAGAUAGCCAUGUUCGGUUUUGUAAUGUGUGCAGAAUUUCCCCAAAUCCUGAUGAUCUGUAAUAACUCGGCAAGAUGCAAAACAAGAGUAUUUCUACUCUGCAGGAAGGUAGCGAUGAUGCUGUAAUGUGAUGGAAAUCUGACUUGUAUAAUAAAAGGGAACGUCAUCAUUCUUUGUAAUUAAAUUUUAUAUGAACAACA